AUGAAAACCUUACAACCUGUAAAUCUGUUUGUGGUUGUUGUGUUGAUUUCUUGUUUUGCAUGGACAGUCAGAUGUUUUUCUCAAACUAAACCUGUCGAUUUCAAACUAACCACACUGUUGGGAGAAAUGUACGGAGAGGGAGUCAAGGCCACUCAAGUUGGCAUGACUUUCCCACUUGGCGUUGCUGUUUCACCAUUGAAUGGGAAUGUCUAUUUCUCUGACAUGUACAAUCAUCAGGUAAGAUAUGUUGAUUCGAAUGGUUUUUCACAUCUCGCUGCUGGAUCACCAACUUUGGCAGCAGGAGAAAGCAGUUAUUUCACUCUCGCUAAUGAUACAUUGUUGACACCGAGUAGUGUUGCUCUGAAUUCGAAUGGAGAACUGUAUAUUGCUGAAUAUGCUCGAAUUCGAAAGGUUUAUUUUAAUUCUACCAUCAACAAUUACAACAUGGUUACAUUCGCAGGUGGUGGAUUCGACUCUUCAUCUUCUGGUGUUUCUCCAUUAUCUGUUUCAUUGAAUCAACCAAGAUGUGUCGUUCCAGUUUCGAAUGGUGAUGUUUUUAUUUGUGAUACCUACAAUUAUAGAAUUAGAAAGGUUGUCAAUGGAAUCAUUUACAAUAUUGUUGGUAGUGGUGUGAAGGGAAACAGUGCUGAGGGAUCUUUGGCUUUAUAUUCGAAUGUUGGUGAAGUUUGGGCGAUUGUCUUCAAUCCUGUGAGUGGUGAAAUGUAUUUCUCUGAUUUUGACAAUAAUGCAAUCAAGUACAUUGCAAAUAAUGGCAGUGUUUAUACCUAUGUUUCGUCUUUUGGACCUAAAGGAAUCGUAUUUGAUUCGAAUGGAGAUUUGUAUGUGGCAGAAGCAACUUACGAUCAAAUUGUUAAAUUUUCAAAUGGUGUACGAACUGUUAUUGCCAAUAAUGCAGGAAUUACUCCAGGAUUUAGUGGAGAUGGAGGAAAUGCAUUAAAUGCAACUUUUCAUGGAAUUACAAGUUUAGCCAUUUAUGGAAAAAAAUUAUAUAUUGCUGAUGCUUCAAAUAACAGAAUUCGACACAUUAACUUGACAACCAACAUUAUCAACACCAUAGCAGGAGAUGGCUCUGAAAUCUAUACAGGUGGCACCUCUGGCUACCAAUCCACAAUAGCUCUUAAAAGACCCUAUACCUCCUUCUAUAAUAAUCAAACAGAUGAAUUACUAAUUGCCGAUACCAAUAAUUAUAGAGUGUUGAGAGUAAAUUCAUUGAGUAAUAUUGAAAGUAGUUCACUCAUUGAAACAGUGGCUGGUGUUGUAGGUCUUGUUCAAGAUGAUAUUGAUGGUAAAUUGGGAAAUGAAACUGCGUUGAAUUAUCCUUAUUCUGUUACGCAAUCUGAAAUAUCAGGAGAUGUGUUUAUUGGAACAACCUUUAAAAUAUUGAAAGUUUCAAAGAAGGAUAAAAGAGUUUCGACAGUGGCAGGUUCAGUUUCAACCUUGGCAGGUGACAAUUUCAAUUCGAUUGCCUCCCAAUUGAAUGAACCAGCUGGUUUGGCGUUUGCUAUAAAUGGUGAUUUGUACAUUUGUGAUUCAAUUAAUCAUGCAAUUCGUAAGAUUGACCACGAAACUGGAAUUAUUUCAACAAUUGCUGGAAAUGGAAUAGCUGGUUUUAAAGAUGGAAAUGCAUCAAUUGCACAAUUCAAUUCAAAUUUAGGAUUAUCUGUUCUUCCAAAUGGUGAUUUGCUUAUUGCUGACUACAAUAACAAUAGAAUAAGAAAAUAUUUGGCAAGUAGCAAACAAGUUUUAACUAUUGCUGGAGGAUUAGCUGGAUAUUCUGGAGAUGGUCAAUUGGCAACAAGUGCCCAAUUGAAUCAUCCAACAGAUGUUGCUUAUAACGCUAGUACAGGUGAUGUUUUCAUUGCUGAUUUUGGAAAUAAGGUUAUUAGAAAGAUUUCGAAUAGUACUGGAAUAAUUUCAACAAUUGCAGGAAGUGGUCUCUCUGAAUAUAAUGGCGAUGCAAUGCCAGCUUCCAUUUCAAAUAUUUCACCUUACGGACUUUCCAUUCAUCCAAUUACAGGUGAGCUCUUCAUCUCAGAUAGUGUGAAUUAUCUUAUCAGAAAAAUUAAUGUCAACAAUCAAAUUAUUUACAAUGUAGCUGGUGUGAAUGGAACUUCCAUUUGGAGUACAACUGGUUUGGCCAACUCGACUUCUCUCGGUUCUUUAGGAUUCAUUACAUUCUCACCAAAAGGAGAUUUAUUUAUUGCAAAGGACAAAAUGUCAUAA